AUGGCCAUGAUGGCCAUGGUGGACGACGACGAGCACGCCGCAUCCUGCCCUGAAGACAAGCAGUCGCCCCGCUCCGUCCAAACCUCGACUCGACUGAGGAUUCAGGAGAAGGCGGCCAUGAAGAGGCCCCCGCACAGACUCUCGCCUUACAAUGACCCGCAGCAGCAGCUCAUGACCAUCGGGAACAUCAUGAAUCCGCGCGAGCCCACGGAAGCGAGCGGCUCCUCAUUCGGAUCCCUAGGCAACAAGACUGCUGUUAAUGGCAAAAAGCGGAGCAUGCGUGCGCUCUUCCCGGAGCUGUCCGAGUCCGAGCGCCGCGCCAAGCAGAGGCUUAUCGUGAAGCGCUGCUACUACAAGAAGAUCGUAAGUUCAACCGCGCCUAACACCAUCAAGUCUCUGCGUAGCGAGGCCAACUCGCUGGAGCAGCAGUUCCGUUCGGCUCUGCGCGCCAUGCAGCACGAGGACGCGGCCGCCAAAGCUGCAGGCCGCGGAGACAACGUCAAGCUGCGCGAGAUGUUCCUCGACACGCUCUCGACCAAGGAGUCGCUGCGCGAGGAGAACGUCCGUCUGCGCCGCCUCGCCGACGAGUACUACAUGAAGAACCAGGGCCGCCUGCGUCAGCUGCUGGACUCAAACCACAAGGGCCUGGUGCUCUUCACGGCCGCCGUCAACGACGACGAGUGA